ACAUAUGUGCCCUUGAAGGUUGUCGCUCUGUGUUGUAGGCAGAGCAGCCUCUAUCGGAAUACAUGUACCCCAGAUUUAUCUUGUAUAUAGCCAAUGUCAGUCGUCAGCCGGUCUAACCGUAACCUUGGCCUAAUCAGGCGCCUGCGUCGAGGAAGGCGACAGUGUCCGAAUUCUUGUUCAGUUAAUGCCAACGAUCUCGUUGCACAUUACGGUGGUGUGGAAAUUGUUUCUGUGCCGUAUUCCCUAGAACAGAUAACAUGGAGGUUUCUGCAUGCUGGGUGACAACAGUUAGUCUUCCGAUCAGAGUGAACUUUCAGGGGACGAAGAGGAAAAGUACAGUGGCCAUUGCACCGUCAAAGAUGAACGUUCACGUCGUGCAAAGCACCUAUCAUCAGAAGCCAGGAACUAAAUUCUUAUCAGGAAUAAAAUCUACCGCUUCUCUGGCCGGAGAGGGGAAUUAUAACCGUAUCGAAGAUGGAGAUAUCCCAAAAGUGGACAGCUGGAAGUGGUCUAUGGUUGUAUCCUACGAUGGAAGCAAAUACUCAGGUUGGCAAAUACAGCCAAAAAACAUCACAGUACAGAAGACCCUUGAGGAUGCUCUCUUUCAGAUAACGAGAUGUUCUCGUGAAAAUUUGGCUCUCACGGCAGCUGGUCGUACGGAUGCUGGUGUUCAUGCCUGGGGUCAGGUUGUACACUUCUGCACUCCAUUUAUGCUGAAGAAAUUGGAACCCCUACAUACGUCACUGAACUCGAUUUUGCCGCAAGAUGUCCGGAUACGAGAAAUUCGAGCUGUGCAGCCUGAAUUUCACGCUCGCUACUCGGCUCUUCGGAAAACGUACAAGUAUAAGGCCGACUUGGGCCCUGUUAUGGAUCCAUUCCAGCGUUCCUAUGCUUAUUUCUUCCCUCAUGUUAUUGAUAUGGAUUCCAUGCGAGAAGCAGCGUCGCUUCUAACAGGAGAGCACAACUUUUCUGCUUUCGCGAACACUUCGCUAAGGGUGCUUGAUAAUCCGAUCAGAAAUAUCACCAAGUUCAGCGUUGAAUCAGUGGGUCCGCAGUUGAUUUUCGAAGUGGAGGGAACUGGGUUUUUCUAUAAGCAAGUUCGUAACAUGGUCGGGCUGCUUUUGGAAAUCGGAAGAGGGACCACCUCUGUUAGAGCUGUUUCUGAUGUUUUGGCCUCUCAGAAAAGGGAGAAGCUCGCUGAAUUUGCCCCUACUGCACCCGCACAUGGUCUUUACUUGAUGACCGUUCAUUAUGAUGAAGCACUUUUCUUCCCACCAGACUCUAUACCGAAAACGAGCUUGGGUUACCGUCAGAUUACUAAUCAGCGGGGCAUGAACUCUUUCGCUAUCUCAGUCUCAUGAGUGACAUGGUGGUCAAUGCAUCACCUCAAACAUUUACAGUAUUUCAUAGGACGAUUGCCCAUAUGAGGUGUUCUCCCUUUGACCGUCGCCUUAGACAGGCCAAAAUCUCUAACCUACCAUAACGAACUUACUAUUUCUUGGUUGUUGGAGCUUCGAAGUAUUGAUGCCCAGUCGAAGUAGGUGACUGGCCUUCAGGUGAUUCUUCUCAGCCGGCUUGAUUGUGCGGAACUGCAAGCUCUUAUCUCAGCAUUUAACGUAAAUAAUUCUCUGCAUUACGCAUAAGACGGAGGAGCUUGAACACAAAAAAGGGGCAAGGUUUUACGAGUCGAACGUGGCGAAUAUGCGGAUAUCUACUCUUGACCCUCUGUUAUGUGAUGCACUUGUCAGGUUUUGGCAGUUAAUUGUCUGCAACAAAUUUUUUAGAAAGUGCACUCCACAGAGGACGUCUUGACGCCUAGUGACGAAAUGGAGUGGAUCAAGUUUAUUAGUUCCCCCACAUUGCAGUAUGUAAAGUUGUCCACUUCACUGUAAAUGAAUAAACGUAGUGCGUUUUCCUUACUGUAUAGUUGUAUUUUCAGUAAUACAGUUUCAGUACUGUAUAUAUUUUCACUGUGCUAGUUACUCAGCACACUUCCAGAGGUUUCGAGUUGCUCUGUGGAGAAGCCCAAGCUAGUGAAAUCAUACGUUUCCAAAGAACUACUGGAUUUUGUUUCUGGAAUUUAUGCAAAUAUGUAAUGAUGCCUGCUAGUGGUGGACAAUUCACG